UUACCUAGACAAACUCCUCAUGCGAUGGUUUUAGUUAACGUUACGAUUUUAACGUUUGCAUUAGUUGUAUGGGGCUUUCAAUGUCGUAACGUUACUCCCCAUUUAUAACCGUAGCUGUACAUUUCAGAUAAUUUGAUUAUGUACUCUAAUAGUUAAUACAGCACGGUGAUCCCUAGAUAUGAGGUGGAUUUCUCAGCAUCAAACGGUGAUUUUAUGCACGAUCUGUACCAGGAACUAAUCUAACAGCGGUGAUGCCAGAUGGAAAAAGAACGACGCCACAAGUACAUAUGCUAAACAUUUGUGGCUAACGUUAGUUAGGUUUUCAUUUAACGUUACCAAAUUUAAGCAAACGUUGAGCCUAAUUACAAAGUUUCUAAUUGCUAUGUGAAUAAGGGUCGGAUCUAGCUUGUUCACGUCGUGAACCUUUUGUUAAUUUGGUACAAAAAACUACAACCAAGUUGGCAGCUUACGCUAACUUGGCUAUCUAUCGAUAGCUUUGCUAGGUCUCAUCCACUGCAACUGGUCAACAUCUUCAUACUCAGGAUUAAUUCAAAUUGUGUACCAAAGAAAUGGUGAUGGAGAAGCCAAGUCCCCUGCUUGUAGGGCGGGAGUUUGUGAGGCAGUAUUACACACUUCUGAAUAAGGCACCAGACUUUCUCCACAGGUUCUAUGGACGGAACUCAUCGUAUGUGCAUGGAGGUUUGGAUUCCAAUGGGAAGUUGGCAGAGGCGGUUUAUGGGCAAGCUGAAAUUCACAAGAAAGUCAUGUCGCUGCAGUUUAGUGAAUGCCAUACAAAAAUCAGGCACGUGGAUGCCCAUGCCACACUGAGUGAUGGGGUCGCUGUCCAGGUGAUGGGCGAGCUGUCAAACAAUGGGCAGCCCAUGAGGAAGUUCAUGCAGACCUUUGUACUUGCUCCAGAGGGUUCUGUGGCUAAUAAGUUCUACGUACACAAUGACAUUUUCCGGUAUGAAGAUGAAGUUUUUGGAGAUUCUGAGGCUGAACUUGAUGAAGAAUCGGAAGAGGAAGUGGAGGAGGAGACUGAAGAGAGGCAGCCCUCUCCUGACCCCGUCCAGGAGAACAACUACUAUGAGCCUCAUCCUGUGAGUAAUGGUGUUGAGGAGCCCCUUGAGGAACCGGUCCCUGAGCCAGAGCCAGAGCUAGAGCCUGAACCCAACACAGAGGACCUGAAGGCUGAGAUGGAGGAGAAGGUUCUGGAAGAGAUGGAAGCAAAGGUUCCCUCACCUGUGCCUGUGGAGUCCCCACCCAACACCCAGGAAGCCCCCAAAACUUUCUCCUGGGCUUCGGUGACCAGUAAAAACCUUCCUCCAAGUGGCACAGUUCCAACUGGUGUGACGCCCCAUGUUCUUAAAGCACCAAGCUCACAGCCCCGAGUGGACACCAAGACAGAGGCUCAGGCUCCAACGAUGCGUCCCCGGGACCAACGCACUCGUGACAGACCAACCUUCACCUCCAGAGGACCCAGGCCUGAUGGUGUUACACCUGUGGAAUCACAAGUUGGAAAACCACACAUAAGCUUUGUCAACAAAGGUAGGGGAGAGCCAGAGCAGAGUGACACAGAGGGCAGAAGGAUUGUGAGGUACCCAGACAGUCAUCAGCUCUUCGUGGGAAACCUCCCUCAUGACAUCGAUGAGGGCGAACUGAAGGACUUCUUCAUGACAUUCGGCAGUGUUAUUGAGCUCCGGAUCAACACCAAGGGUGUCGGUGGAAAGUUACCAAACUUUGGUUUUGUGGUCUUUGAUGACUCCGAUCCUGUGCAGAGAAUCCUUGCGGCUAAGCCCAUCAUGUUCCGUGGCGAGGUACGUCUGAACGUGGAGGAGAAGAAAACGAGGGCAGUGCGGGAGCGCGAAACCCGUGGAGGGGGUGGCAGCGGAGGAGACGACCGCAGAGACAUCCGACGCAACGACCGUGGCCCUGGAGGCCCCCGCGGCAUCGUCGGAGCAGGGAUGAUGAGGGAGCGUGAUGGAAGGGGCCCACCCCCCAGAGGUGGCAUGGCCCCUAAACCAGGCCUGGCCUCCGGCAGGGGUGCCGGCCCUCAAGGCGAGGGCCGCUUCAGCACCCAGCGUCGUUGAGCCUGCAGCGUCUCAUUACCCCCUGCAGUUUGGAAGUAGUACCACGUUCAUCUUUACCGUUUGCAUUAACGAAAGAAAAAGAUCUACAUGUAUAAAAGUAUAUACUUUUGUUUUUUUAUUAUGUUUUUAUUUUCUUUUUCUUUUUUUUCCAAGUUGGAAUGUGACACAGCCUGUCAACCAUUUAUUUUGGUUUGAAACAGACAAACAAAAUCCUUUGCUACUAGCUUCUGAGCAGAGCGUCCUUUUCUGGUUUCUCCAGAUUUCACAAACUUCAGUUUGUAAAUGUGACUUAAUACAAACCAACAAGGAAUCAUCUACAAAGUUAAGCGGAACUGGUAGACUUUGGUUUUGAUAGAUUAGCCCAUUUGGCAAAGAGAUUAUAUGCCUCAAGAUUAUUGAGGAGAUACUUUGAGAAAGCCCUCCAUUGCACAUUUUUCUAUGAUGCUUUCCCUCUCAUUACCAUUUAGUAAGUGUUGGGUGCACAUUUUGUGCAGCUGGAAAACUUGCCUUUUUAUUUUUUAAAUCCGUAUUUUCUAAGUUUUCUUUUAAUAAACACUGCUUAAACAGCAUAAAAAUGCA